CGUCGCAACCACCGUCUUUGUUUGAUCGCGAGUCAACACAAACACCGAACACUACUACCUCAACAUUGUUGGAUUAGUGUGCACGUGUGAUAAUCGUUUGUGAUUGAAAAUCUAUCGACAUUUUCGAACGUAUUCAUAUUACUUGUAUUACAGUCAUACAGUAAUGGAGAUUCUAGAAUAUGUUGCUUUGCUGCCAGUAGAAUUAAACAUAGGCGUACACGUGUUGAAGAUUGUGUAUUUGUUGAAAUAGUCUACCGGGUAGUGGAUGUUCUGUUUGAGUUAUUGUUGUUUAUCAAUGUACAGUGUGAAUUUGAAGUCAGGACUGCACGACUCUGUGCGGUGGUUGUGAACGAUGCUAGCAAGUAGUGAGAGUUUGGGAGAUAGUGCGUGAUCUCGGCUCGGCGUUGAGCGACGUAGCAACGCCGAAGCGUGCUAUGAGAUGAAGCGUGCCGCGGCGAGAGCUCCCACGCCAACUGGCGGCACAGGUUCCGCUCGGAUUGGCCGACGCAUCGCUAAUUGCCGUAGAAAGCGAGCGGCGUGGCGGCAUGGAGCGAGCAGGUCGCCGGACACCCAACAUUGUGUUCGUCGACUUCGAAUCGUGCGGUCUCAUCAAUCCCUACAAGCUCCAGCCGGCGCGCUCGGUCGAGACCGGCUCCUUCAGAGUGCUGCCUCCGCUCUCGCCAGACCCGCCGACCGCCCCCACGCCCGUGCCUGCUGUCUACAGGAUGACGCCCCCGCGCACCGCCCGCCGCGACAAGGCCGCCUUUGUCAUCAUCCCCGAGCCGCUUCAGCGGCCCCCCGUCUCCGACUCACCCCUCGGUCGCGUCAGCCCCUUCCGUGGACGCGGCUUCAAGGAGCCGCAACAUCCUAGACUCAAACGAGACUCCACCUCUUCCAAUGACACCUCCCGUUCCCGGUCAAAAAGCAAAAGUCGUCUUCCAGUAGCCUCCAACGGCCAUGUCCCAGGUAACAAGAGUGCUUCCAGUAGUCCCACCAAACAGGGCAAAUCCUCCAUUCCAAAACUCAUCAAAGAUGGAGAGCAGUCUUCACCAGAAAAAAGUCCUGAUGAAUCAGCCAAUCCUGAUGCCAAUGAAAACAAUCAAACCUCUCAAGAUAAUUUGAUGGCACCGAGAAGAAAGCUUACACAUAGAAACUCAGUAGAACACAUCAUUCUUCUCAACCGACUUUCAAAAAGGGAACGCAGGGAUGGGACUACGAGUGAAGCAAAUAUACGUACUCCCUCAGCAAAGAGAAAAAGUAAAUCACCAAAUACACUAACAACUCCCAACAGACGGCUUCUACAGCACAGGAAAUCAGUUGAGAAGAUUAUUGCACUAAACAGAGCGGCCUCUCCAUUUGGAAAAAAGCUCACAGCCAAGGAAGGAGAAGCAGCAAUUCGAACACCAUCAGCAAAACGGAAAGCAAAAUCACCAAACACUCUAACUGCUCCUACAAGAAAGCCUUUCGAGAAGAGAAGUUCUAUUGAGAAGCUGAUUGCUCUCAACCGGAUGUCAAGGAGAGGAAAAGCUCUGACUCCUGCAGAAGCUGACAAGAGUGGAGACACAAGUCCAGCAGCAAAAAGGAAAGGUAGCAGUACCAGUCGAGCUAGUAUAGCAUCCAUCACAAGAGCUAGUGCUGCUUCGAACAGAGUGAGUGCAGCUAACAGAACCAGUGCCACCAGUAGGACCAGUGCCACAAAUAGGACCAGUGCAGCUAGGACAAGUGCAGCCAGAACCAGUGCGAUGGGAGCGGUUGGUGCAAUGAUGGGAGCUAGUGCCAAGAAGAGAGACAGUGCCACAUCCAGGGCAAGUGCCACCUCCAAGUCAGGGAGGACGAGUGCAGCAAACCGAACGAGUGCUACUAAUAGAACCAGUGCCAAAUCGAACCGAUCACCCACAAGUAGUGUGAGGAAGUCACUCGCUUCAUCUAUUGCUCUGUCUCAUAUGAAGUCACUACACAGCAGCGGAGAAGAUGCAGAUGGAAAAGGAAAGCUCUCGCCUGCUGGAUCAGCCCGCAGUAAAAAAGGCACCACUACUGGAUCAGGAAGAGGAAGUGUCAAAGGAGGAAAAAGAGGUGUCAGUCCAAAAAUUGCAAACAUCAGCAAAGCACAAAUGCUGCUCAAAGAGUCAUCUAAAGAGUCACAAAAGUCGUUGGAAAAAGAAGAAGAGGAGAAGAAGAAAGCUGAAGAGAAGGCGGUAGAUGAAAAGACAGCGAAAGCUGAAGAAGAUAAAAAAGUCAUGGAGGAGAAGGCCAAGGAGAGAAUGGAAGAAGUUAAGAAAACGGAAGGUGCAAAACAGGAAGCAGGGGGUGGAGAUGAAAAAAAAGCUGAAAAGAAGAAAGAGAAGAAGUAUCCGGAACCUUCAGCGACUUUAGUUAGGACAACGGCGGCUCCAGCCAUUGAGCUGGUGAAGCCAGAUAUAAUUCCCGAGAUCAUAGCCAGUGUCCUGCCGCCCCCAGAGACAAUCACGGUGGCACCGGCCAAGUCAAGUGAAUCAAUCAAAUCGAACACUUCUAUGGAGAAAGUUCGCGCAUUGAGUCGAUUCAAAAACUCACUGAAGAAAAAACAAUUGGAAAAUACAAGUGUGAAAGGUAAAGUGCAGGGUGACGCCGAUGUGGAGGUGCUAAGCGCCAACAAUCUCUUAAACUCGGACAAAAAUUCUAUCGAUGGCAAAAGUGGUAUUUCUACAACAACUUCCCAGGGUCAAGGGUCACCACAAGUGACUCCCCUGACAAACGCGGCCCAGGCGAAGAAGAAGCCGGACGACUCGAAGCAGACCUGCUGCAAGUGUUGCAACGCGCCAAAAUGCUGCGCCAAGCUCGGCCUGACGCGACUGCUGUGCUGUGUCAAGCCUUCUGCGCCGACCGCUGCGGCUCACGAGUCGUGCUGGCGACGCAUCUUCUGCUGCGGCAAGGCCAAGGACACCAAGAACAUGAAGAAGAAGUCGAAGGACGGCUGCUGCAAAGGCGCACUGAAGGCGAUCUUCUGCUGCGGCUGCUGCUGCAAAAAGAAGAAGAAGUCGUCGCAGAGCGAGAGCAAGUGCUGCAUGAAGUGCAAGAGCUUUAGUGGUUGGUGA